AGAAAUUUUAGUUUUAUAUUAACGUCUGUAUCAUCUUUUUUCCACAGUUAUAUCGCUGGUCGCUUUAAAAUAAUCUCAAAUUCCGAAACCAAGGGCCUUGGCACAUUUGUGGGCACAUUCGCGUUGCCAUCACUGAUCUUUCUCUCGCUGAUCGAGCUUAAUUGGAGUACAGUGAAUUGGACCUUUCUGCUGGCGAUGACGAUUUCCAAGACUAUCGUCUUCUUUUCUGUACUAGUAAUUUCACUACUCAUUACGCGUCCACUCAAUUACGCGCGUGCGGGUUUGCUGAGUAUUUUCUGUACGCAAAGUAAUGAUUUCGCGAUAGGCUAUCCAAUUGUGAUGGCCUUAUACCAAGAUGUGCAUCCGGAAUAUGCUUCGUAUUUGUAUUUGAUGGCGCCCAUCUCAUUGGCGCUGCUUAAUCCCAUCGGCUUGGUGUUUAUGGAAGUCUCCAAAAUUAUUACAACUAAAGCUGAGGCGGUUCAAGAGGCAGCCAUCUGUCCGGACAAUUGUCCUGCUGAACAGCUAUCAAAGCGGAAUCGCUGUCUGGGUGAAAAGCCGUUGCUUGUCUUGCAUACGCUUAAAUCGUUAUUUUUCAACCCUAUGCUGCUAAUGACGCUACUCGGUGUUGGCGGCGCUUUUGUCUUUCCAAAUGGUUUGCCCGAAGUAGUUGCGAGCACGCUGCGUGUCUUCGGUCAGUCAUUCUCGGCCACAGCGCUCUUUUUGCUGGGCUUAAAGAUUGUUGGCCAAGGUGGUUCGCUGCGCGGAUCAGGCUUGCUGCUACCCGGUAUAUUGAUACUGGUUAAAAUAUUGGUGCUGCCGCUAGUGUGCCGGCAGACAGUGAACAUCAUGCAGGCGGGCACAGAUUUCAACGAUACAACAGAAUUGAGCACUUUUGGCUUUUUGUAUGGCACAUUUCCAGCAGCGCCGGGCGCAUUCGUGAUUGCCACACAAUAUAAUGUUGAAGUGGAGUUGGUUGCUACGGCCAUGGUGCUUUGCACAUUUAUCUCAGCGCCGUUAAUGUUCAUCUCGGCCAAAAUGAUCUCACUGACAAAUUUGAAUCCUGUAGAUUAUAUACAUGAGUUGGAUGUAUUCUCGUUCGACAUAAGCGUAGCUGGUGUUGCUGCAUGCGGUUGGGUUUUACUAUUGCUCGUUGUGACCAAACGUUUCAGACGCAUGCCGCAACGUAUAACAUUUUGCUUGGUGCUUUCACAGUUUAUGUGCUGUCUGGCGGUGAUCAUUUGGGCGAAGUUAGCACAUGUUGAAAAGUGGGUGAUAUACUUGCAGUUUUUCCUCUUUAACAUGGGCACAUUUAGUAGCCGAUUGUGGACAGCCAUAUUGGCGAUAGCAUUGCUCUUCCUGCAGUGUCGUAGUUUAUGUUUUGUUCUUAAAUUGUGGCCUUACAUGAUUGCCUUCGCAUGGGGUGUGCCUGCUAUAAUCUCAGCGCUGCUCAUUGCAUUGGACAGACAAAUAACAUCGCAGGAUAGUCACAACCCUAGUUUUCAAUAUGGCCUAUUGCAAGGAAUGGAUCAGGACCUAUUGGAUCUCAGGCCGCCAAUGUUCUAG